AGCAUAUUGUACUCAGUGUAUGCUUGUUUAGCAUACUACAUUUUGCUUGCUGUUAGCAUAUUUAACAUGUUAGUAGUCUAGUUAGCUACAUACUUUACUCGGUUUAGCUUGUUUUAGCGCAUAUUUUACUCCAGCUUUGUUGUACACUAACAGUUAGCGUGUUUGUAGCAUAGCCUAGCAAUGAGCUAGCUACUAGCAUUGGUGAAAGAUGCAGGGAAAGAACCUUCCAGACUGUUUUUAAGGACGUGGUCUUGUAUGGCGCAUGGGUGUAAUGCAGCACUGCUGUAAUCAGAAAAUGGCAGGUUCGAUCCCCCCGUCGUGUUGGUGUGCUCAGAGCCACUUUCUGUCAGACUGUAGAUUGUGGUUUAUACCACACCAUAGACCAUGAGGAGCGUGCACGUGACCUCAUGACCGCAGUACAGGCUGAGUGGGGUCAGUACUGUGACAUCUGUAGCCAUGGCAACAGCGACCGCGCCCACCCCAUCACCAAUGCCAUCGACGGGACAGAGCGAUGGUGGCAGAGCCCACCUCUCUCGCGCAGCACCGAUUUCAACGAGGUCAAUGUGACGCUGGACCUCGGGCAGCUCUUCCAUGUGGCCUACGUACUCGUCAAGUUUGCCAACUCCCCACGUCCAGACCUGUGGGUUCUAGAAAGAUCCGUCGACUUUGGCCAGACGUACCAACCGUGGCAGUACUUUGCCUCCUCCAAGCGAGACUGCAUCGAGCGCUUUGGACAGAGUACCAUCGAGAGGAUCAACAAUGAUAAUGACAUUGUUUGCACCACAGAAUAUUCCCGCAUUGUUCCUCUGGAAAAUGGAGAGAUUGUGGUGUCCCUGGUGAACGGGCGUCCAGGAGCCAUGAACUUCUCCUACUCUCCGGUGCUCCGCGACUUCACCAAGGCCACCAACAUCCGCCUGCGCUUCCUACGUACCAACACGCUACUGGGUCACCUGAUGGGAAAAGCCCUGCGUGACCCCACCGUCACGCGACGGUACUACUACAGCAUCAAAGACAUCAGCAUCGGAGGACGCUGCGUCUGUAACGGACAUGCUGAAGCCUGCAGCGCUCAGGACCACAACGACCCCUACAAGUUGCAGUGCGACUGUCAGCACAACACCUGCGGAGUGUCAUGUGAUCAGUGUUGCCCGGGAUACCACCAGUCGCCAUGGAAACCCGCCACAACCUACAGCGCCAAUGAGUGUGAACCAUGCAACUGUCACCGCCACUCCUUCGACUGCUUCUACGACCCCGACGUGGCGCAGAGGGGAGGCAGUGUUGACAUCCACGGCCAGAACCGCGGGGGCGGAGUCUGCCUCAACUGUCAGCAUCACACCACUGGCGUCAACUGCGAACGCUGCGUCCCUGGACACUACAGAGCGCCUGACACGCCCCUCGACUCACCGCUGGCCUGUGCACCCUGCGACUGUCAGUCCUCGUUCACCGACGGCACGUGCGAGGACGUGACGGGACGCUGUUUCUGCAAAGCCAACUACGCCGGAGACAACUGCGAUGAGUGUGCCAGCGGCUUCGUCAGCUUUCCCGAGUGCUACCCCGUCCCCACGUACCCCAGCAGCAACAACGGCGAGGCCAAACCAGCAGGGGAGAUCAUCAACUGCGAGUGCAGUGCGGCCGGCACCGUGGACAACUCCUGCAGGCCCGAUCCGCAAACCAGAACAUGCGUGUGCAAGCCGGGUUUCACCGGUGACCACUGUGACACGUGCGCGCCCGGUUUCCACGGACUCAACUGUCAGGGAUGUCAGUGUUCCGGUCCUGGUUGUCUAGAUGGUUCCUGUGACGUGCUGACGGGCCAUGGCGUGUGUCGCAGUGGUUUCCACGGUUACCAUUGCGACCAGUGCGCGGCGGGCUACUUCAACUACCCACUGUGCCAGCUGUGCGGCUGCAGCUUGGUGGGCUCGCUGCCUCAGGUGUGCGACCCGGCCGGCCAGUGUCUGUGUAAGCCACAGUUCCAGGGUCCUCGAUGUGAACAGUGCAGAUCUGGGUUCCAUUCCUACCCAAACUGUCAAGAGUGCACGUGUGAUCCUCGCACAUCGUCCGACACCAGCUGCACGGCGUCGGGUCAGUGCCACUGCCGGCCCAACUACGGCGGCGCGUCAUGUGACCAGUGCGCGCCUGGCUACUACGGUUACCCCAGCUGCACUCCGUGUCGGUGUUCCACGGAAGGUUCUCGCUACAGCAGCUGCGACCAGGUCACAGGUCAGUGCGUGUGUCGACCCGAUGUGCACGGCCUGCGCUGUGACAGCUGUGCGCGUGGGACGUACGGCUUCCCACACUGUCAAGCUGGCUCGUGUCAUCCUGCUGGUUCCGUUCAUCACGACGUUCCUCCUCCUCCUGUGGGCCAGUGCGUGUGCCGUGACGCCGUGGAGGGCAUGGCCUGCGAUCGCUGCAAACCCCUCCACUGGAACUUGUCCCCCGACUCUCCCGAGGGCUGCUCCAAGUGCGAGUGUAACGUCGCCGGGACGCUAAGUGGCGUCGCCGAGUGCGAACAGGAUAGCGGCCAGUGUCACUGCAAGCCCAACGCCUGCAGCGGAACCUGCAGUACCUGCAAGGACGGCUUCUACGAUCUGCACAAGCGCAGCUUCUUCGGCUGCCAAGGCUGCGGCUGCGACAUUGGAGGCUCGGUGGGACGGUCCUGUGACCAACGGAGUGGGCGGUGCCGCUGCAGACCCCAUGUCCAUGGACCCAAGUGCAACAUACCGGCUGCGGACCACUACUUCCCGGACCUGCACCAUCUGAAGUUUGAGAUGGAGGAGGGCACCGUGCCGGACGGCCGCCCGGUGCGUUUUGGCUACGAUGGGCGGGAGUUCCCUGGCUUCAGCUGGCGAGGUUACGCCCAGAUGUCGGCCAUCCAGGGAACCGUGCAACUUCAGGUUUACGUGAGCGAGGCAGACGUCUAUCUGACCCGCUUCAUCCUCAGAUACGUCAACUCUGAGGGCGGCACCGCCAGCGGUAAAAUAACUGCCUAUCAGGUGGGACGACAAGGUUCCGAGCAGUCCAAACAGAUCGUGUUUGUGCCCAGCGUGGAGCCGACCUUGCUCAAUGUUCCCCAGAACAACUUUGUGGAGCCUUUCGUCCUGAACCCAGGCACGUGGACAGUGGUCAUCCAGGCCGAAGGCAUCCUGCUGGACUAUCUGGUGCUGCUGCCCAGCGCAUACUACGAGGCUCCCAUCCUGCAGAUGCACGUCACAGAGCCGUGCACGUACAGCUCCGUGCACGAGGCCGGCUACAACUGUCUGCACUACACGUAUUUGUCUCUGGACGCCUUCCCCUCCGUCUCUGGCUGUGAGGCCCGCUGCCGCCAUGACAACCACCUGCCGCGCCCCUGCCCAACCCAGAAGAUCACGCCCCAUCACCCCGAACUGGCGGUCUGCAGCGGACAGGACAUCAGCGUGGAGAUGAGAGCGCACGUGACCUCCGCUGACCUCUACGUGCUGGUGGUGGAGUACGGCAGCGAGGAAGAGCGUCCGCAAACGUUGUCCGUCACCUUCAACUCCCCAGCGGACACAACCCACCGACACAGCGUCACCCUGACACACUGCACGUUCAGCUUUCUGUGCCGAGUGGUGGCCACCGAUGAACACGACCGAGUGGCGGUGUUCUCUCUGCACGCCGACACCGAGCUCCAGUUGUCCGCCGAGCAUGCCGGCUUCUUCCUGCACAAAGUCUACCUGGUCCCGAAACAGCACUUCUCCAUGGAGUACCUGGAUCCUCAAGUCCUCUGCAUCGGCACUCAUGGACACUUCUCACAUGACAGUUCCUCCUGCGUGCCGUCACGCUUCCAGACGCCGUCCAAUUCGCUGGUCCUGAAGGACGGUCAGAGCUCCUCCGUGCAGGAACCCAUCUUAGCCUCCCCCGCCGCUCCUCCCCUGCCGCUCCCCCAGAGGGAGCACCCGGGCUGGCCCGGCGGGGAGCGCCCGCCUCACGCGGCGGACAACAGCGACCACGUGCGGCUGGACUCGCUGCAGAAUGCAGUGGUGUACUCCGCCCGUGUCCACACCCUGGGACGCUACGUCUUCAUCCUCCACUACCACCAGCCUCUCCACCCCACCUACCCCAUCCAGGUCUACGUCAACGGGGGGCGCAUCUGGCAAGGUCACGCCAACGCCUCCUUCUGUCCGCACGCGUACGGCUGCCGAAACGUGCUGGUGUCGGAAAACCAGAUCAUUCUGGACGUGACCGACCACCAGCUCUACCUCACCGUGCAAGUUCCUGCUGGCAAAACGCUGUGGCUGGACUACGUGCUGGUGGUUCCGGAGUCCAGCUACAGUUCCAACUACCUGAGAGAGGAGCCGCUGGACAAAUCGUACGACUUCAUCAGCAACUGCGGCCAGAACAGCUUCUUCAUCAAUCCGUCCAGCUCCUCGCCAUUCUGCCUGAGCUCGGCCGCGUCGCUGUCAGCCUUCUUCAACAACGGGGCGCUGCCAUGCGCCUGCCAUGAGGUCGGCGCCGAGAGCGACACCUGUGAGACGUUUGGCGGUCAGUGCCGCUGUCGACCCAAUGUGAUUGGUCGAGACUGCUCCAUGUGUGCCACGGGAUACUGGGGAUUCCCCAACUGCAGACCAUGCGACUGUGGGGACAGGCUGUGUGAGCCCAUGUCAGGCGAGUGCAUCUGUCCUCCCAGGACGCUCCGACCCGAGUGCACCCAGUGUGAGCCUCAGACUUUCGGCUGCCACCCGGUGGUCGGCUGUGAGGUCUGCAACUGCUCCCGGCCCGGAAUCGUCACACCCGACGUCAGCUGCGACACGCUCAGCGGACAGUGCAGAUGCAAGAACAACAUUGUGGGUCGCCAGUGUGACCGCUGUGCAUCUGGUUUCUACGGUUACCCCAACUGCCGGCCAUGCGACUGCAACGAGGCGGGCACAGAGGAGCAAGUGUGCGACCCCUUCACGGGACGGUGUUUGUGCAAGGAGAACGUGCAGGGUCCUCGCUGUGACCAGUGUAGAGUUGGUACCUUCCACCUGGAUCCCACCAACCCCAAAGGAUGCACCAGCUGUUUCUGCUUUGGCGCCACAGACCGCUGUCGCAGUUCGGAAAAGAGACGCACCGAGAUCAUGAACAUGGAGGGCUGGGUGUUGCUCAGCGCAGACAAACAGGAAGUUCCAGUGACCGUGUAUCCUGGUCAGGACCUGGUGGAGGCCGACCUCAGUGACGUUCCUGACGUGUACCAGGACCUCCACUGGUACGCCCCAGCAGCUUACCUGGGAGACAAGGUGUCGUCUUACGGAGGUUACCUGAGAUAUCGUCUUCACACUCAAACUAUGAGGGGGGACGUCUGGUCUCUGCCGGCAGAACCUUCUAGACCUGACAUCAUCCUCAAGGGCAACCAGAUGACCUUGGUGUUCGUGGAGCGGGAAUACUCUUCUCCCGAGGAGCCACAUCUGGGAAUUGUUCACAUCGUCGAGGGAAGCUUCCGUCACGCUCAGACGGGCAACUCUGUGUCGCGGGAGGAGCUGAUGAUGGUUCUGGUGGCCCUGGAGUCUCUGCAGAUCCGGGCGCUGCAUUCCCAGUCGGCCCACUCGGUGUCGCUGCGUGGCGCCGUGCUGGAAGGCGCUGAGGGCCUGCCUGCCGGUCGCCAUGCCAACAACGUGGAGAUCUGCAUGUGUCCCGCCAACUACGUGGGAGACUCCUGUCAGGAAUGCGCUCCGGGUUACUACAGGGACACCAUCGGCCUCUUCCUUGGAAAAUGUCUUCCCUGCAACUGUAAUGGACACUCAGACCAGUGUUUGGACGGCUCAGGAGUCUGCGUGAACUGCCAACACAACACAGCCGGUGAGCACUGUGAGACGUGCCAGGGUGGUUUCCUAGGCAACAACAGCGUGGAUGGACAGGCUGUGUCGUGUUCCAGCUGUCCCUGUCCUCUGAGAGUCCCGUCCAACAACUUUGCCGAAGGCUGCGUGGAAAAGAAUGAGCGCAUGCAGUGUUUGUGCAUGCCCGGCUACGCUGGACCGCACUGCGAGAGGUGUGCCCCUGGCUACUACGGCAACCCCAUGGUGCUGGGCUCCACGUGCCGGCCGUGCCAUUGCCACGGCAAUACAGACCCCAACAUGCUCUUCACCGACUGCCACCCACUGACGGGCGAGUGUCUCAGCUGCAUGCGCGACACGGCCGGCCCUCACUGCAACAUGUGCGCCCCCGGUUACUACGGUGAUGCCAUCGUGGCCAAAAACUGCACCAAAUGUAGCUGCUCGCCGUGCGGUACAGAGUCAUGUGACCCGCUCACGGGGCAGUGCCGCUGCAAAGCUGGGGUGACGGGACUCCACUGUGACCGCUGUCAGGACGGCUCUUUCGGCUUUGAGUCGUGCGGUGGCUGUCGCUCGUGUGACUGCGACGCCUCGGCGGCUCUGGUCCGGCCGUGUGACCCACAGAGCGGUCAGUGUGCAUGCCGGCCCGGUGUCAACGGACCAAACUGCCGUCAGUGCGCCCCGGGAUUCUGGGACUACGGCCCAGAAGGAUGCAAGAAGUGCCACUGCAGGGGGGGCCACUGCGACCCGCGGACCGGAGAGUGCCGCUGUCCAGACGGCAUGACGGGAAAGCAGUGUGAUGCCUGCACGGACGAGCACAGCGUUCCCAUCGCACACGGCCACGACCUGCACUGCCAAACAUGCGACAGCUGCGUGGUGGUCCUGUUGGAGGAUGUGGUCAAGAUAAACCGAGACUUUGACGCCGUCGCCGCUCAGCUGCACAACCUCAACGCCAGCGCCGUGGCCUGGACUCAACUACACAAGCUCAACACGUCUGUGGAGGACCUCGCGCAUGCCAUCGAGAAUUACAACAGCUCGCUGGACGCCAGCCGGAGUCAAGCCAACGUGCUGGAAGGCGAGAUCGUCAACAUCAGUGCCGACGUUGACACGCUGCAGGACAAGGUCAAGACCACCGUGAUGGUGUACCGUCUGGCUGGCCUGCAUGACAGCACCUCCAACACCCACCAGAGGGCGCAAGACCUUUUGUCCUCCAUCCACAAUGUGACCAUGGACCUAAAGGACAUCAUGCUGAUGGCAAACAACUCGCUGAACAAUAAGGAGGUGGAGCAGGAUGAGGACGAGCAUGAGAGGAAGAUGAGGCAGGUGGAGGCCAUGCUGGACCAGUUGAGGAACCGAAGCUGUGCGGGACAAAAGACGAUUGCCGAGCAGGAGAAGACGGAGGCUGAUAAACUGUUGGAGCGUGUCAAUAAGGACUGGGCCCGCCGUCAGCAGGGGAACGAGGACAAGGGCAAGGCCAUAAAGGACCGUCUGUCCACGUUCCACUCGAACAUGAUGGACUUGCGAGACGCCCUGAAUGAAGCGGUGAACAACACGGCUCGAGCCGUGGAGAUCAACAACGCCAAUAUGAAGAUGCUGGAGGACAACAAGAGGACGGUGGACGAUCUGACGUCCAAACACAAGGAUGUGGACGAGCAGCUGCACAUGGCCGAAGACGACGUGGCCCAAGUCAACGACCUGCAGUCCAUGCUGCAGGACUCCAAAGAGGAUUACGAGCGCUUGGCAGCACAGCUGGACGGCGCCAGGACACCUCUGUCAAAGAAGGUGCAGGACUUCGGUUGGGCUGACUCCAAAGUCCCGUUGGUAGACGAAGCCACGAGACACGCUGAGAUGCUCUCCUCUUUAGCCAUGAAUUUGUCCAGCUUCGUGGAGGAGACGAAGCGCGAGGGCUUGGUGGACGUGACGCAGGCUUACAACAAGAUCGUCAACAGCAUCAAGGCGGCUGAGGAGGCGGCGCACGAGGCCGCCACGGCCGCCAGCAACGCACUGGAGAACGUCAGGGAUCAGGACCUGGGCCAGAAGGCCGAAUCGCUGAGGAACCACAGUGUGGCGCUGAAGGAGGAAGUGGAGAACCUCGGCCGUGAACUCAACAAUGAGUUGAAUCCUCAGCUGGAGGACGCUCGGAGGCGACUGGACGAUGCCACGGCCAAACACCUCGAGGUGGCCAAGGACCUUCAGAUGGUUCACCACAACCUUAACUUGACCUCCAACGUCAGUCAGGAGGUGGACGAGGCCAAGCGAGAGGCGAGUCGGGCCAACACUUCGGCCUCGCAAGUGAACGACGCCCUUCGUCCAAUCAGAGAGCAACUGGACCAGUGGCAGCAGACCUACGGGAACGCCAACGCCACCAACGAGGAGAUCAGCAAUGCUCUGAUGGAGGCCAACAAGACUGUGAGCAUACUGGGCGACACCGUUCCUCUCCUCAUGAAGAAGCUGGACAAGCUGCAGAACCACACGGCUCAGAUGCCUAACAUCUCAGAGAACAUCAGCCGCAUCCGACAGCUCAUCCAGCAGGCGCGCAACGCCGCUAGCAAGGUGAGCGUACCCGUCAAGUUCAACGGGGGGUCCGGCGUCCAGGUCCGCACCCCACCAAACCUGGCCGACCUGGCGGCCUACACCUCUCUCAAAUUCUACGUCACGCUGCCUGAGGCGGCACGCUCCAGACGGCAGGACGACGGCACCAAUCAGUUUGUCUUCUACCUCGGCAACAAGGACUCCGACAAGGAGUUCUUGGGAAUGACGCUGGAGGGCAGAAAGCUGCGCUGGUACUUUAACGUCGGAGGAGAAACCGCCGAGGUGCUGAUGUCUGAAGAUGUCAGGGCCAACGGGAACUUCAACAGCGUGGUCCUGGAGAGGAUCCUACAGUACGGACAGAUGUCCAUGUCCUCAGACUCCUCCGACGGGGACCAGAGAGUCACCAAGGCCGACGUGGAGGCCAAGGGAGAUCAGGGUCUGCUCAACCUUUUGACCAAUGACACCGUCUUCUAUGUGGGAGGAUACCCCCGCACUUUCAAGCCCCCCACCCCACUGGCCCUGCCCAACUUUAAAGGCUGCAUCGAAUUGGACACGCUCAACGAGGAAGUGCUGAGCUUGUACAACUUUGAGAACAUCUUCCACCUCAACACCACGGAGGAGAAACCCUGCGGCAGGUCCAAGCCGGCGCUGACCCAGGCAUGGGUGAACGACGCCGCCUACUUCGACGGCACCGGCUUCGCCGAGAUCACCUUCAGCGACGAGUCAGCUCGCAUGCAGCGCUUCGAGCAGGAAGUCAAGCUCGUCUCCCACAACGGAAUUCUGCUGCUGCUGCAAAACGGAAACCAGUUCUUGUGUCUGGCCGUGGUCCGAGGACAACUGAAGGUUUUUUUCCAGUUCACUGGGGAGAUGGAGGAGUUCCAACCCAAAGACCCCGCCUCCGAACUCCUGAGGGUCAGCGACGCAGACCCCAAAGUCCUGGAGAUCAUCAUCCUGCGUUCGCUUCCCAGUCGUGUGGUGGUGAGGAACAACCGCAUCCCCCUCUACACGCACCACUUCACUGAGAGCAUCCCUCCAUUCGGUGGCAGCUACUUCCUGGGAGGAGUCCCGGAAGGCGAGAUGCCCGAGAGGUUGAGGUCCAUGUUCUCCAAGCAGGGCUCUCUGAAGGGAUGCUUCCGGAACGUCAAGGCCCAGACCUCUCACAUUGACCUGAAGAGGAUGAAGAGUUCUGGGGUCAGUUUUGGCUGCAAUAGUGACCUGCUGGUGGCUCGUGAGGCUCAUUUCUCGGGUCAGAGCUACUUGGACUUGGCGCUGAGCAACGUUCCCUCUCUGAGGAACAACUUCUACGCCAGCUUCAGCUUCAGGAGCCAGCAGAAGGACGGACUGAUGUUCUUCCAUCACGACAAGGACGGCGUGUGUCAGGUGUUCCUGCAUGAAGGUCACGUGGUGGUGCGAGCGGGCAACAGCGAGGUGAAGACUCAAAAGACCUACGACGACGACAACAGCCACUACGUCGCCGUCUACAACAACAUCAACGGCUUGCGCGUGUACGUGGACGACAUGCUGGAGAAGUCCAAGGAGGGAAUCCGGCUGGACAGCAGGGGGCGUGUCUCCACCGCCAGCCUGGAGGGAAGAACCUUCCUGGGAGGAACGCCUCAUCAGAGCCUCAGCAACCUCACUGGAUGCAUCAGCAACGUCUUCAUCAAAAGGACGAGCAGCCCUCAGAUGGUGGCCAACCUACUGAAAGUCAAGGACAACGUCAACGUUCCUCUCGACUGUCCUGCCGCUGAAAAGCCUCAGCAGAUUGUGGCGGCUCCGCCCAAACACGGCCAAAAGUCCAAAGGGAAGCACAAGAAGCUGUCUGCGUCUCGCAGUCGCAACGCCAGGGACUCCUGCCAGGGGGGACUGUUGGACCAGGAAGUGGGAGCCACCUACUUUAGCGGCGCCACCCUAAGCUACCAGCGCUUUGACUCACUUCCUGCUUCGCUUAGCUCCAAACCCCACAUCUCGCUGGCCGUGAGGAUCCACUCAUCAGAAGGUUUGAUCUUGUACGUAGCGGGCGGGCAGAGUGGCGCCGCCUUGACGCUGGGCGUGUCGGAGGGUCGCCUGCUGCUGUCCCUGGGAGGGAAGAGGAAGGUCAGCCUGCGCGGCCACACCGCCAUCGACGACCAGCGCUGGCACACUGUGUUCAUCAAGCGGGAUGCCGACAAGGUGAGUCUGGUGGUGGACGGCGUCAACGCUCAGUCCAGGAGGAUUCCGGCGGCUGAGAGGACUCGCCUCAUUGGACCGCUGUACAUCGGAGGAGUACCGCUGUCGCUCACGGCUGCCGCCCCGUCUGGCUUUAUCGGUUGCGUCCGUGACCUCAUGCUGAACCAGGCCCCCGCAGGAAGUCCCGCCCACAGUCAGGGGACGGUCCCCUGCUUCCAGAAGCCUCUCCAGCCCGGUGCCUACUUCGCAGGCCAGGGGGGACAUGUGGUCAUAGAUGAAUUGCUGGUGUUGGGCCGCGACCUUGAGAUCCGCCUGGAGGUGCGGUCAGUGUCUGACUCUGGACUGCUGCUGCAUGCAGGGACAUCGUCUAAUCAGCGGCUGAGCUUGGUGAUGAGCAGAGGAGAGGUGGUGUUGUCUGUCAGCGGUGCCAAAGGUGACUUCUUCUUGUCGCUGAUGCCAGAGGAAGCGCUCUGUAACGGACGCUGGCACGCCAUCACAGUGGUGAAGAAGAGCAACGUCCUCCAGCUCCACGUGGACGCCGCCAGCGAGCGCGGUGCCGGGCCCAAACAUGACCGCUCUGCCAGGGCCAAAGAGGUCAUUUACGUGGGAGGACUUCCUGAUGGCGUCACAGUGUCGCCGGCUGUGCCCGCCUUCCAUGGCUGUAUCCGUAACGUCACCGUCAACGGCCGCCCCGCCCCUUUGGACAAAGCGCUGUCCGUGCACGGCGCGGUGGGGACCCACGGAUGCCCGAACGCGUAGACACACACACAUUUCCACACAACAAAUGAACGGUGGUGGGUGUUAUGUUUGUGUAGCUUAUUUAAAAUAUUUAUUUUAUAUUUCAUGUCUACAGGAUGUGUGCGCAUGUUCACGUGCGCGAUGACAAAAUCAAAGUCAUUCUCAUUUUGUACUUCAAUAAUGGAAUAUCAGUACCACUUUAUAAGGGUGUAUAGAACACACUGGAAAUGUUGUCAUGGUAACAGAAGUACUUUGUGUGAAACUAAUAUAUUCACUUUUUUGAAAGAAUAAGCUCGACACUCCGCACAUACAUGUUGUUGUCCAUGUACUUUAAAAUAAAGUUUUCACUUUUAUUAUCAAGUGGAAAAUGGGUAAGGAAA